GCAGCGUUUAAAAGGACCCGAAAUACCCUUAGAAAGCCGAGUAUUGACAAUUCUAGUCGAGUGAAGGAUUGAGAGUGCGCAGACGUCACUGGGAUAGACUUGCCAUUGUUGUUUGGGUUUCCUUUAAUUAUCUCAUUUUUUAAGGGAAAUGUCUGCUGAAGGAGGUGCAGCAGCAGCGGGGGGGGCUGCUCCAGAGGGGGCUCCUCCUACGGGGGAGAAUGGCGAGAUCGUGGGAGGACCCCGAGGACCCCAGCAGGUGGCAGCACAGAAACGACUUCAACAGACUCAGGCGCAAGUCGAUGAGGUGACCAUGGUCAUGCGUAAGAACAUGGAACUCGUGCUGAUCAGAGAAGGGAAACUGUCAGAAUUUGAGGCGCGUGCAGAUGCCCUUCAGCAGGGAGCCUCACAGUUUGAGCAGCAGGCUGGAAAACUAAAGAGGAAAAUGUGGUGGAAGAACAUUAAGAUGAUGAUCAUUAUGGGAGUCAUCGGUCUAAUUGUCCUCAUCAUCAUUGUUGGGCCCUACCUUCCAAAGGGAAAUGAAAACAAGACGGACAAUGUAGUCAACAAUAACGCUCAACCCAUCAACCAAACAGCCAACAUCAUGAAUAACGCCAAUAACGCCCCUCACUCUUUGCAGUCAAGUUGGGCUUAGUCGAGGUGUAGUGAGUCACCUCUCUCCUCUCACCCACUGUGAGCCUGGGCAGCAAGCUAAUUUGCUUUGCAGGACAGGUGUCGGUGAAUGUGUGGGUGAGAGCUCUAUUACAAGAAAAAAAGAAAAAAAAAAAACUUUUUUGAACCUAGAAACGUCUGCUAAGAUACCACUAGUUAGGAUUAUAGAGGGUGGAGCAGUAGACGUCAAAAAUUGUUCUUACUUAUGUACUCAUGUUAUUUCAGAUUUCGGUAUUUCCUUUUCAUCCUGAGUCCUAUGAGCACAGACUGAGGGCAGCUCUCAUAAUUGGUGGUUUUUCCCAUUAAGAAUAAUUGGCCAAAGAAAAUUCCUAGUACAUUGUUGUCUUUAGUAUGUGACAGUCUGUUGUAAACCCUAAUGAG